AUGCCAUCAACAGUGGCAGUUCCUCGACUGGUUUAGCGCCGCCCUUCACCGGAAACGGAGGUGCAAUGCUCACGGUCGCAGGCCAACACCACGGUGCCAGUGCCACGUAUAUUUCACAGUCGAGUGGAGCUACCGGAAGUUCCGGACCUACAGCAUCUGGCCAUUUCGGAAACGCUGGCCUAGGAGCAACUGCAAGUGGUGGCAACAAUCCCGCAAUCGCGUCCGGCACAAGCACACUGGGAGGAGGUGUGCCGGCCCGAAAAGCUAGUGGAGAAACAACUAGACCUCACGAUGGCACAGCAGGGAGUACUCUCACGCCUCCGAGCGGCCCAAGUGAGGCGUCCCGUGGGGGAGCUAGUGCGACUUAUGCGCCCCCUAAGGCCGCUGGGCAAACUGGUCAAGCAGUAAUGGGACCUGAGACAGCGCUUGUUACGGUGCACAAUGAAGGGAAAAUGAUGCGAGAGUUUUCGAAGCGCAGUAAGACGCGUCAGGAUACCACAAAUCGGACAAAGCAACCCGUUCCGCCGAGGCAGUCUCAGCGGGGCAAUGACGACACAGCAAAUGCGGCAGAUCCUUCUGCGGGCCAUAAUGCGGCGAGAUCGAACGCGCAGUACCAGGGUGCGGCUGGCAACGGUACAAGUCCCUCAAGCAAGACCAAACUGGCAUUGCCUGGCGCAAAUCAGGGAGGAGGAAAUGCAGUAGCCACAGCAGCUGGCGGUAGUGGCGGCGGACCGGGCCACUUACCUAUGACGCAGUCGGAGCCGGCACCUGGUGCACUACUGGGGCUGCCGUCGAAUUCAAGUUCGCGACGCUCUUCCAUCGCGAUACCUUCCAACUCGAGUUCUCGUCGAUCUUCGAUAGUAUCAGGCGGCACACAGACAAGCUCCCCAACCAUUUCUCGCCGAAGCUCUAUUUGCCCGGAUUUUUCUGGUACUAUCAUUAGUUGAGUUGUGGUAUCUGUCUUUGAUCUCGAGCGCAUUGUAAGAGAAUAUGUGAGUGCUUUCUUGGUUUACAACCUCCGUUGAGCUCACUCAAUCAAAAAUUGCUUAGAUAUCAAAAAUCAUCAAAACAGGUUUGCAGUCCCCAAGCGAUCUUUUGGUUCCGCCGCCACCUCCUCGGCCAUUUGACAUGUUGGACAUCUGCUUCCAGCGAGACCUGAAACCUGGGAAAACAAUCGGUCUGGGUCAAUUUGGUCGUGUCUUCCUAGCAAUGGAGAAUGAGACUGGUUUUCUCAUCGCGGUAAAGGAAAUUUUGCUGCCGCCUCCGCCAGAUCCGAAUGACCUGGCGGCUAUUGCCGAGGACGACAAAAACUUGGAGAGCCUGGAAACCGAGUUGCGUCUUUUACGUGGUAUGUCGCACCCGCACGUUGUCACUUAUUUAGGCCAUGAGGUUCCGGGCACACGAUCGGCAGGCAACGGGGCUGGGAAAGAAGAUGAACAAGAUGGUGGCAGUUCAGGAGAUACGACAACUGCUCGGGGAGAAGACGGCGCUUCCUCUGCGAAAAAAGCUCCUGGCGGAUCGGUGUCGCCCCAUACGACUCCUCUUGUUCUUGAUGAUGACGUAGCCUCAAAACCGAAUCAUCACGAUCGCUUGUACAUUUACCUGGAGUACUUGGGUGGAGGCUCCAUCAAGCAGCAACUUGCGGAUUUUGGAGCGUUUGACGACAGGCUGACAAUGAAAUAUACCCGACAGUUACUCUCUGGGGUUGCGUAUUUGCAUGCGCACGAUGUCAUUCACAGGGAUUUGAAAACAGCCAAUUUGCUGCUGACGCAGGUACUACAGCCUCGAAUUAGUUUUUCAUACAUAUGUUCUUCAAUAGACGAGCUUAUGUAGUAUAGUGAAACGUUGCUAAAUAAGAUAUUCUUAUCGAUAUUCAUUUUCGCUUUACUGAUCGAUGACAAGAAAAAUUUUAUCGACCAUUUUUCGUAUCAGGAUGGUACUCUAAAAAUUGCCGACUUCGGUUGCAGCAAACAGCUUGGAAGCAUUUUUCUCGAGAAUAAUUCCAUAAUUUGCGGAACCCUGCCUUAUAUGGCACCAGAAGUCUUCGCUGGACCUAGCGGAAGUCCUGCACCUCCUGUACCUCUUCCCAUUGACAAAAACAAAAGUGCGGCUCCUUCUAGUGAUGCGAAUAACAUUAACAAGGGUGAGGAAGAUCAAAAAGCGCCAGAAAGUAAGGAGAGUGACGUAAGAAAGGGAAUUCCUGAAGAUGGCGCAAAGGGCAACACCUCCGACAAAAUAAAAGUGAAUGACCAAAAUGCUGCCGAUCAUGCCGGUGAUGGAGAAGUAGAUCAGGGACAAGGUGAAGAUCAAAAUUCUGAUCAAAAUGCUGCCUCUAUUACAGCUGAAGUGAGCUGCAAGCCUCCUCGAAUGCCAACACCCAGUUCAACUACUUCCAUGUCAAUUAGUCACCUUGCUGGAGGCGGCCACCAGGACACAAAAUCCAAUCAACAUCAGCAAGGCCAUAGUACUACAACCCGGCCUGCAGGAGGAACAUCUGGUACUGGCGGACAUGGAGAUGUAGAAAAUGUUGGUGUCUCAGGUGGAGAAGCACAUCCCGCGUCUGCCCGUGUCGUGGAACAACAACCACGGCAGGAUCCAACGAAAGUGGAUAUUUGGUCUAUGGGAUGUUGUGUGCUAGAAAUGGCGACCGGAAAGCCUCCUUGGCAUCAGUAUCGAUUCGACAACUUGCUUCAUGCCUUUUUCGUCAUAUCUCAGAGGCAAGAAACGCCUGAGAUACCAGAAGGCAAGAAGGCAUACGCUUUCGUGCGUAGUUGCCUUGUGCGCGACCCCCGAGAACGACCCGGCGCUGUGGAGCUGUCGAGGCAUCCGUUUGUACAGUGAUGUGCGGACACUACUCGAGUAGAAAUCGACAUAAUCAAACAUGAUUUGAAGGUAAUAAAUCAAAAGAAGAUGAAUAGCGCAUUGAAUAGCCGUUGCUCAAUUUAUUUUGGCAGUUGCAUUAACUUUAACAUCAAUAGUGCAAGUACUGGAUUUAUUGAGGCCUUUUUUGAUUUGUGCAUAGCAACAUAAGAAUGACAAAGAAGCCUUUUUCCAAUCAUAAAACUAGCGUAGUUAGCAUCGCUAGAAGUCAUUUUGUCUGUAACUCCAUUGUAUAUCCAUUGUUGCACUUUUCGUUCGCCAGGUAUUGCCCAUUUCAUUUCGACUAAGAAAGUAGCUGUAUUCGAUAUAUUUGUGAGUACCUAUUGACUCCUCUGCAUUUCUUUGCUAGUAAUUCUAGUUGUUUUACGCUACUGAAAGAUAGAAAGGAACAGUAGGAGUCCUUUGUUUCGAGUAAAAACGUGCACAUUCUUUUCCUAGCAUUUAGUGGACGGUAUUUUUCAAUGCAUAUGCACAGUCUUCGCCUAUGUGGGCUUAUCAUGGUUCUUGAUUUUCGGCACACUUGUCACUUAUCAAUCUUCAUGUUUUAGCUUUUCAUGGUUUUCAUGGUGGACUUGAGAAACUCAAUUUGCCGGGCUCCUAACACUGCAAGAAAAUUUGGUGACCAUUGACCCUCGCACACACCAUAAGGAGACCGGAAAUUUUGCCAGUGCUAGGUACAUACUCGCAUUGUCGGAUCGCAGUGCAGCCGCUUAGAC